AUGAGAAGAGAGGAAAAGUUCGAGCUCAAGUUUGGAUGCCUGGAGAGAGUGGCGGCCAACUUCUUCCACUCAUACGGCCUUUUUGUCGCUCGUCAUCCGGCGCCGUUCAUCGUCGGACCCCUACUUCUGGCCCUGUCGCUGGCGACGGGUCUCAUCAGCCUGACGCCACUCAGCGACGCCGUCUACCUCUACACGCCUACUGAUGCACCUAGCAAGUUCGAGCGCCGAGUUAUUCACGACGCCUGGCCACUCGUCGACGGCUCUUACGUGCCUGGUCGAGCUGUUACUCAGACUCGUGAGGCUCAGGUCAGACCUGAUUUAUUUUUUCCCGAAAGUUAAACUCUGAAAAUAAUGUGCAAUUUUUUCCAAUGCUCCUCAGUUGAUAGGAAAUAAUUUUGCGACAAUUAGAAAAAGAAUAGAAAAAAAAUUACGGAUCACUCAAAGCGCUCAAGGCUUCUAAACUGCGCUCAAAAUAACUUUUUUUUUUCGAAAACGUUUUUUGAUUUUAUCAGUUCAUCAAACAUUUACCUUUUCAAGAUAGCCGUAGUCGCUCGGGAAGGCGCCAACAUCCUUGAAGAAAAUCUGACAAACGUUGUGAAACGACUGGAUCGGUUCAUCCGAAAGGAUAUUCAAGUUGGUUUUUUUCGUUGUCAAAUUAGAGAAACCGCAACAUUUAACAACCUUUUUUUGCAGGUUACUUACGAGAACCAGACAUAUCGAUUCGACGACCUUUGUCUCAAAACUCCGACGGGAAAAUGUGCAGACAACGAUCACGUAGCGCUCAUUUCGCGGCUUUUCAAUCAUGGAAUUAACGUGACUUAUCCGACUUUUCGGGUGGCUGAUAGGUUAAAGAACAAUUCCACUAUUUUCAUGUAUUAUACGUCUAAUUUUAGAAGUGCCUAUCUCGGGUCGGCACUCGGAGGCGUCAAGUUGGGAAAAGGUCACGAUGGUCAGAACAUUUUGAUGUCGGCCUCGUCCUGGCUUCUCCUCUAUCAACUCCAGUUUUACCCAAACAAUAUUUCUUACAUUUCGGCUCUUUGGGAACAGGUGAAUCUCAGUACAGUGCUUUCAUUGUGUAUUUUUUUCACAUUUUUUUAUGUGUUAGUUAGAGUUAGAAAAGUGUUUAUAAGUGUUUAUAGAAGCUUUUUCGUCCAGUGGAUGGGAAUUUUUCAAAAAAAUAAAAAAAUCAUUUAAAUUUGAGUAAAAUUAAUUUCCUUGACCUAAUUUGUAAAUGAAUAAAUUUUUCAGUAAAUUUAAAUAAAUGCCUUUUUUCAAGGAAUUCAAACUGCGGCUGGAUGAUUAUCCGAAAAACGAGGGACUUCUGGUCACCUACUUCCAUUCUCAGACGCUUUCCGAUGAAUUGACGAGAAACGCUGAACGUCUGGCUCCAAAGUAGGGCAUCAAUGAAAUAAUUAUAUUCGAAAGGAGGAUUUUCAGAUUCGUUGCCGCUUUCGUCAUUCUGAUCGUCUUUUCCGUCAUCUGCUCGGUAGUGACUAUCAAAGGUUGGACUUUUGUUGAUCGUUUUUCAACUUUUCAAUGAUUCAGACUCGAUUUUUGUUGAUUGGGUCGUUUCGAAGCCACUUCUCUCAGUUCUCGGGGUUAUGAACGCGGCGAUGGGAAUCGCCAGUGCGAUGGGCGGUCUCAUCUACCUCGGCAUCCCCUACAACGACAUCAUCGCCGUCAUGCCGUUUCUAGUCGUCGGUCAGUUGAAAGCUCUUCGAAAUUUGAAAAGAACCGAAAUCUUUGCUUUUUUCUCUGCCAAAAUCAGUUGUUAUUCAAAAUGCUCGAACUCGGGUAUAAGCAAAUUUAAGAGCUAUCCAGCGUGUCGACUUUCAUAUAAAACAUUAAAAGACCUCACUUCGUAUUUUCUUUGUUAAGAACAGUAGUGAGAAUAUUUUUUAUCAUUGAUUUUGCCCCAAGUUAGUUCUCUAAAGGUUAGAAAAACUGCUCAAAAAAUGAUUCCAGCCGUCGGGACGGACAACAUGUUCUUGAUGGUAGCCAGUCUGAAAAGAACGGAUCGAUCUCUGAAAUCCGACCAAAGAGUGGCCGAAUGCAUGGCCGACGCCGCCGUUUCCAUUCUGAUCACUGCGACUACUGGUUUUACUUUUUCCACUUCUUUUUAUUAUUCAAAAUUCAGAUGCUCUAUCUUUUGGCGUGGGAACAAUCACGACCAUCCCGUCUGUACAAAUAUUCUGUCUCUACACAAUGUGCGCCAUCAGUUUUACCUUCUUCUACCAGGUGAGAUGGAUAAAUUGUUUCCGGAGAUGAUGGGAAUGCCAAAGAACUCACUAGGUUAGGAAUGAGCGCCUAUAAAAUUUUCUAUAAAACUUUAUGCCAUAUCGACUAAUCGAUCAUUCAUUUUUAGUCGUAUUAAUAAUCGAUUAGCUGAUGAAGAAGAACUUUCGAAACUGUAACGAACAACCGCCUUUGGCAAACUAGAAAUCCAAACUUGUAAUUGAUCAAGUUGAAAGCAUGGUCUGAAGGCUCUUUGUUUUGUUGUUCUGCGCCAUCCAGUUGCGUUUCGACGAGCUCAGAAUACAGCGGAUGCCACUUUGAGUGAAAAAUGGGUCCAAAAAGUAUUUUCCACCUUCAUCUUCGGCUCGCCGCCAAUGUUCAUGCGGAUAAUGAACGUCCUUCUCUAAAACUUUCCUUUGAAUAGCAUAAAAACCAGUGAACAUAUUCACGUUUUUAACUGGUUACCCUAAAAUUUCUAAAUUUCAGUUAAGUCAUUCCUCAAGUUCAUGAAAAGAAGUUACUGGCCAAUUUUAGGCCAAUUUCAUAUGUAUGUUCCUCUAAGACUCUACUGAUUUGAAUAUGUAUUUUGUCCCUUCUUUGAAUUCAGAAAAAAUAAUUGAGAGUUUCACUGAUCUAAGAAUAAAUUACUAAAAAAAUGACGUCAGGUAACGUUCUUCUGCGCUCUUCUGGUGUACGCGACGCGAGCCGAAGAAGAAGGUCUGCAUAGCAUCUGGAACAAGCCGGCCGUCGCCUACUCGCCGUCGUCGCCCUUCUUCGUCAAGCUGUUCUGGCUCGGUUCGAAGGUGCCGACGAAAGGCGCGGCGCCCUCGCACGUCCACCAUCAGUCCCACUGUUUAGCGACGUCUUUCUUUAAAAAUUGGUGUGUCUAUUCUCUUCGUGCAAGUAAAAUUAAUCUAUUCAAGAGAAAAGGCUGUUUAAAAAUUGCGCAAGUUUUUAGAAAGAACGCAUAAAAUUAAUUUUUAACAUUAGGGAGGAAAGUGAUGUCAAAAAUAAGAUUGAGUUAACUUCAAGGAGGCAGGACUGUAUUUAAUCCAGAAAGGUGGAGGUGUAUUAUCCUUACCAUAAAUAUGUACAUCAGUUUUCAAAAUCACCUCACUUUCUCCUGAAAAUUUCUAGAGUCAACAAUUUCUCCGUGAGCGUCGAAGUUACAAAAAAAAAAAAUUAUUUCCGUUCAAAUAUAAGCGACCGCCGUGGUUUUCAUUAGUUUUGUUAGUCAACACGACCGCAUACGAUUUUUUUGAAGACACAUUUGGAAUGGCUUCGAGCUGAAACGAAUUGCGAACAUAGGAAAAAAUAAGAAUGAGCUGAUUAGUGUGAACUUUGCUCAAGCUAAAUUCAAAAUUUUCAAGAAAUCGAUUUUUGAAAACAAGAAAAAAUCUCGGAGCCUUGAAUUUUUCGGAAUUCCAGGUACGCUCCAAUUCUGAUGCACCCGGUGAUUAGAUCUCUGGCCGGUCUCUGGUACUGUAUUUAUUUGAUUGUGGCCGCCUACGGGUGUACCCAACUGAAGGAAGGCCUGGAGCCUGCUAAUUUGUUGGUCCGUUUGAUCUUAAUGGUAAAUGAUGUAGAUAGAACCUUCAGGUCGACGACUCCUACGCGACUCCGCAUUACCGAGUCCUGAAGCAUCUUUACUGGCACUACGGGGCUUCCCUCCAAAUUGUCGUCAACGACGCUCCAGACUUACGGAUCGCUGCCAACCGGCGAGAGAUUGAUUAUAUGGUUUGUUAAAAGUAUAUAGUCUGUUGAGAUUUUGAAUGUUAACACGCUGUCUCCGUUAUUCUCAAAAACAACGGGUACAAUAAAAAAAAACAUUUUUUGAUUUUGAUGAAACUUCAUCCAGUGUGAUAGCCAAUCGUCAGAAAUGCGGACCCAACUUUUUGAGUCAUUUCCUCUUACUGUAGCCGGGUUACGGUAGCCAGGUAGGCACCUGCGUAUCUCAGUAUUGAAGAGUUUUUAGUAGACGAAUGAUAUAUCAAUCGAUAGGUAAUCCAAAUUUGAAAACUUUUACAGUACAUACCAUCUUGGGUUACUGUGGGAAAAUUUUGAGUUACGGCACUUUUUGCGUCUGUCGAGUUAGUUUUUCGACCACCACGAGCUUGAGCCGGGAGAUCCAUUCUUCCUAGCUCCUCAAAAGAUACCUUAUGAGAAGCUGUACAAGCUGGUACUAGUUUGAAGAAAUCCUAGGUGGACCAUCAUUUCGAAAAAUCGCCCCGAAGGCGCGCAAUCGUGGUCUUGCGGCGGCCAAGUGGGUGAAGUCUAUAAUGCCUGACGGCUCAUUCUUCAGAGAUCCAUUCCAAUCUUUGUUUCCAUUUCACUAAUAGAUAUCUAUUAUUGUUUAUUUCAAUUUGAGAUGUUUUCGGGUUGACCAUCAUUUCGAAAUUUCAUUUUGAACCCAAAUUUGGCCUGAAAAUGGCCGACUUGGCUUUUUUCACGGGAUCCCUGACCCCGUAUGUGACCGUUCUCCACUUUUUUCUUCCUUAAAAAUGAACAAAAGAGUCUGAACAAUAGUUUUAUAACGAUCGGCAACUAUUUUGAGAGGACCAUCAUCUCGAAAUCUCAUUUUGAACCCAAAUUUGGCUUGAAAACUUUUGGUUUACCCUUUUAAUGAGAUUAUUGGUUCCAUCAAUACAGAUCUUGGCCCUUUUCACUUUUUAAAGAGAAUAUAAACAUGAGAACUGAAAAUAAAUUCUAUUUUGGAUCAAUUCCAAAAUGACUGUUUACCUCGGAAACCCACUUUUAAAUAAAAUUUCGCUUGAAAAUCGAAAUAUUUUUUUGGUUUUUUUUUCACAAAAAUAGUCACAAGACGAAUGUCUUGUUUUUUAGGUAUGAAAAAGUCUGAAGAUCCAGAACUACUAUUUAGGUUAUAAUGAAAAAAAAAACAUUUAUAAAACAUCAGCUUGAAAGUUAAGUUUCAACCUCACCGGUGGUCAGAGUGUCGGGUUUUUUCUUUUAUGAAAAUGAGAUUUCGAGAUGAUGGUCCUCUCAAAAUGGUUUCCGAUUGUUAUAAAACUAUUGUUCAGACACUCUUGUUCAUUUUUAAGGAAGAAAAAAGUUGAGAACGGUCACAUACGGGGUCAGGGAUCCCGUGAAAAAAGCCGAGUCGGCCAUUUUAGGCCAAAUUUGGGUUCAAAAUGAAAUUUCGAAAGGAUGGUCAACCCGAAAACAUCUCAAAUUGAAAUAAAAAUCAAUAAUAGACAUCUAUGAGUGAAAUGGACACAAAGAUUGGAAUGGAUCUGUGAAAAAUGAGCCGUCAGGCAUCAUGGACUUCACCCACUUGGCCGCCGCAAGACCACGAUUGCGCGCCUUCGGGGCGAUUUUUCGAAAUGAUGGUCCACCUAGGAUUUUUUCAAACUAGUACCAGCUUGUACAGCUUCUCAUAAGGUAUCUUUUGAAAAGUUAGGAAGAAUGGAUCUCCUGGCUCAAGCUCAUGGUGGUCGAAAAACUGACUCGGCAGACACAAAAAGUACCGUAACUCAAAAUUUUUCGACCGUAACCCAAAAUGGUAUGUACUGUAAAAGUUCUUGAAAUUGGAUUACUUAUCGAUUGAUAUAUCACUCGCCUAGUAAAAACUCUUCAAUACUGAGAUACGCAGGUGCCCACCUGCCUACCGUAACCCGGCUACAGUAAGAGGGAAUGGCUCAAAAAGUUUGGUCCGCAUUUCUGAUGAUGGGGUAUCACACUGGAUGAAGUUUCAUCAAAAUCAAAAAAUAUUUUUUUUAUUGUACCCGUUGCUUUUAGAAAUUUGUGAGAAUAACGGAGACAGCGUGUUAAGUCGUCGCUCAAGCUCCGCCCCUAAUGGUGCGACAAACCACAGAGAGCGAGCCAUAUACAGAGUGUUUUUGAAUUACGUCAUUGCUUCUUUACAUUAAAAAUCUGAACAGACUAUAUCAUUGAAUCAGGGAAAAAAGCUCUGAAAUUCACGCCGGGAAAUGAAAAAAGCUGAAGGCACGCUGAAAAAACGAGCUGUGAUGUUGAAAAAAAAACUUUCAGUUUGGUAAAUUUGAAAUCAUUUUUGAGCACCUUUUUUUUCAGCAAAUAACUGGAAUUUUCACAUUUAUCAACAAAAUAAUGGGAAUCUUUCUUUAAAUAUCAACGGAUGUAGCAUAAUGAUAUAGAUUGCUAUAGUACAAUGGAAAGUUAAUUUUUUUUAAUUUUUUGAUGUUUUUUUGUUGAGCACACUUUUCAAAAUAAUUUUUCCCGAUGUCAGCUGUCCUAAAUGCAUAUUUUUCAUUUUUCAGGUCUCAACAUUCGCCAGAAACCCGAUGUCGAUCGGCGAAGAAGGUGUUCAGUUCUGGAUGGAAGAAAUGUCCUUUUAUUAUGCCUCCCGCAACAUUUCUAUCAUUGAUGAGGUUUCUUUUUCAGAAAAUUUCGCUUUUUUCAUGUUUUCCUCAAUAUUGCCACAUGGAAUUUCAUUUGCAAACGAGAAAAAUGAGAGACUUUGCAGAAGUUCUACGAGAUGGCAGCUCGGUACAUUUACUCGGAUCUCUCCAAUCCGUGGGUUUCGGACGUCGCUUGGUCACGAUACGACUCUUCUCACUCGAUUCGAUCUUUCCGGUGAGUUUUCUUGGCUCAGACAGGUAGAAUAAUAGUUUUUUCAAGUCUUUUUAGCUAAAAAAAAAAGUCGGCAACCAUCAUUGUCUUAUGCCAAAUGAGAUUGAAAAGGCGUUUUAGGACUCCCUUAGGAGUCUUCCCUAGUGGCCAUUUUACAUUUUGCUCGAUCAGUUUAAUUUUUUUUUUUGUAACUGAGUUAUCUAUCAAGCUCACAAAUAACCUCUCAUAAAAUUUGAUCUGUUUUUAUUAAUUUUUCAUUCCUGCGUAUCGUGGUCUUUGAGUUUCGCAUCAGAUAGUUUGAUCUAUAAUGAACGCUUAAAACUUUUAGGUCUUCAACCUCUUUGGUUUAGGCGUUUAGUUAAGGAUCUGGUGUUAUCACAUCAGUUUUUGCAUAAUAAGUGCUGGUCAGACUCUCCCAUCCAGGUACAUAACAUCUUUGACCGUCCCAGUCAGCUCAGAGGAAAUGGUUUUUAAAUUAAUAAAAAAACGAAACCUUUACUGGUUUUUCUUCAAUUUCUUAUCACAUCGCAUUACUAAUGUUUGGAAUGACAUUGAACAUGAAUUAUUGGCAGAGGAAGACAAGAAAAACAUUUAAGGACAUGUUUUUUUAGUGUAUGCAGAAAAAUGUUGGCGUCGAGCAUAUUCUUUCAAGUGUUCACAGAUUUGUGCCAUAAUCAACUUGGUUUUAAAUAUCUACUUAUUAUGGUUCUGUUUCUUUUCUUACACAAAAAAACUUUUUUUUUUCUUCACGGGUGGGGUUAGUUAAUCCACCUAGUGGUCUUUUUCCCUCCCUGCAACAUCACCAUACCAUUCCGAUGUUGCGAAAAAUAAAAAAAAAUGAAAUCUUGGUUUGGCUCUUCAAACCCCAAAACUGCAAAUAAAAAAACACUUUCAGCCAUUCAGCCAUGUAGUUCUGUACAGAAAAUUUGAAAGUUCUGAACUUCCUUUUUUUGAGUUUUACUCUGUUCCAAAAGAACAAUUGAAGGUUCAUGAUCGGCAUGCGGGACAUCUCGACGACGACGCGACAAACGGCUGCGACGAACGCCUUCCGCGAUGUCGCGUCGCUGUUCCCCAAGUUCAACGUGACGACGUACAUGCCGCUGUGGCUGUUCACCGACCAGUACGCCUUGGUCGUCCCCAACACCAUCCAGGACAUUGUCAUCGCCGUCAUCUGCAUGCUGUUCAUCUCCUCUCUUCUGAUUCCCCAGGCCAUCUGUGCCCUUUGGGUCGCCGUCACGAUCGCCUCCAUCGACAUCGGCGUCCUCGGCUUCAUGACUCUGUGGGGCGUUAAUUUGGUCAGUUUCUUUGAAUUUUUUUCUUGAAGGAGGAACAGUUUCAAUAGGCGGUUGCUUCAUAUUCCGAACAACCAUGUCCUUUUUUUAGUUUUGUCUUAUUUCAUCAAAAUAAAAAAUGUGUGACUCUUUUCACAUGAACCGGAAAAAAAAAUCAUUAUUUCUUCCUUUUUUCACAUAAUUAUUAAAACUAUAGGACGCCAUCUCAAUGAUAACGAUUAUCAUGUCGGUUGGGUUCUCUGUCGAUUACUCGGCUCACAUAACCUACGCCUACGUCAUUUCCAAAGAGUCGACGCCGGCCAGAAGGGUUUGCGACGCCUUGGGCGAUCUCGGAUGGCCCGUGGCUCAAGGUAAAACUCAUCUUUCCAAAUUCUCCUGAAUAAAUCUCAUUUUCUAGGAGCAACUUCGACAAUCCUGGCUGUUGUCGUGCUUGCCGACGUUCCCGCCUACAUGAUCAUCACCUUCUUCAAAACUGUCUUCCUUGCAAUUUCCAUAGGAUUCCUCCACGGCCUUGUUUUCCUUCCUCUACUCCUAUCCGUUUUUGUAGGAGGUUUUACUUUUGAUUGAAUAACAAUUUCAAAAUUCUAAAUUUUUGCAGGGUGCUGCAGUACCACGAAACAAAUCGAAAAAGAAGGCCGGUGA